AUGGUGGCAGAACUAGAGAUAGAAGGAGGAGGGAGGAAGGUUUUAAGGAGGUUUUGGGGGAAGUGUCGUUCCGACUUCGUGAUGGGUGAAUCAAACCAAUGGCACGGGUCGGGUCGGGUGGAAUUUGGAACGCCGCAGCGGAGAAUUCGGGACGGAAUAAUGGAUGACUACAACUUUUCAAUUUCAGAUAGUUGGUCAUUUGAGAAUGAUGUUCGUAGUGAGGAGAGUAUCUCCCACAAUAGUCGCGAUUAUACACUAGAAUUUACCACCGACCAGAUUUUUGAAAGUAGAGAAGAUAUGUUAGCUUGGGCACGGAGCAUUGGUCUAAAAUAUGGUAUUGUGGUGGUUAUUUUAAAUUCUGCUAAGUUAAAAGGUGGCAAAUUGCCGAAAUGCAUUCUUGGUUGUGAAAGAGGAGGAAAGUACGAACCGUCACGGAAUCAUGUUGAAGGGAAAUCCUUGCAAAGAAACACUAGGACUAGAAAAUGCGAUUGCCCAUUUCAACUGCGAGAGAAACAAUUUGUGGUCGACAUGGCCAACAGCACUGCGCCUCGUGAGAUUCUUAAUAUUUUGAAGCAAAAAGACCCGUCAAACACUACGGGAAUCAAGAGCGUUUAUAACACCAUUUUUGCAAACAAAGCAGACAAACUGGAGGGUCUAACUCCUAUUCAGUAUGUCAUACGUCAAUUACUUAAGAAACAUUACCUCCAUCAAUUUCUUACAAAUCCGGAUACUAACGAAAUCACAGAUAUUAUUUGGGUUCAUCCUAUGAGUCUAGAGCUAUCUGUCAACUUUCUGUCUGUACUGAUCAUUGACGCCACGUACAAGACCAAUGAGUAUCGAAAAUCACUAUUGGAGGUUGUGGGUAUCACAUCCACAUGGCGAACUUACUCGCUUAUGUUCGCUUAUCUUAGUAAUGAGAGAGAAGAGACAUUGACAUGGGCAUUGGAUAACUUAAAAAACUGA